GGCCAACCCUCACCUGUGUUAAAGGUGCAUGCUGAUAACGUGGAUAUUCACAGGGAGGAGCUAUUGGUGCUGGCUGGAGGAGUAAAAUAAUAUAAACGAGAAGCAAACAAACCGGUACAUCCAUAUAUCAACAAUUUCACAGGUGAAGGAAAGUGACCACCACCCUCUGCUCUGAUAGAGACCGCUCCGCGCGUAGGAUACGCCGUCAGGUGACUCCAAUACUCAGCCAGGUACAGCUCCCAGUGACUCACUCAUUUAUGUGUUGCUGUUUCAAUUAAAUUGCAAAAAAUAUAAGGGAUUCAUAUUAGUUUAGUCUUACAAUAAAUUCUGAAAAAAAUCGAAUUAUGUAAGAGGUAAGAAAAUAGGUUAUUCUUCUACUGAGGAUGCUACCCUGAGAAAAUAUAAACUGGAAUUUUGUGAUUGUGACGUAUCUCCUGAAAAUGUUUGAGUUCAUGUCAGUGCAUCUGUGUUUGCGUAGUGUCUACUAAUGUGUUGUUUUUGGUUGUCUCGACAGAUCAACUGCCAAGAAUGUUGGCUAGACUAGAGAUGAUGGCCUAUGUGGCUGAGACGGGGAUGGCUGGGACUGCUCGGGCUGCCUGGGCAGAGGGAGGCCCGGCCUCGUCCUCUGCAGAGGUGGACCUGGAGGUCAUCGAAGAGUACCUGCAGGAGCACUCGCUGGAGGUCCAACCGGCGUACACGCUUGACACCCUGGCCAGCGCCGCACCGCAGCCCGCCCCACCACACUCCCAGCCGGACCCCCACAUCAUAGAGAACCGAUGGUCGGGCCAACAUGCAUAUGAGUGGUACUGUGGGUCUCAUACUCCCAAUGAAGAAUAUGAGGACAACGUACCACAUACUACCUGGCACAGUCCCCAUGGCAACUGGGACCACCACGGCUACUCCUACGAUGUGAACAGAUGCAGUGAUUCUGAAUCCCAGUCAAGCGAUUCUCAUUACCAGGACUACCCCUACUCUGUCUCUCUGACCAAUGAGAAGAAGGGAAAGAAUACAUGUGAUCCACUGCCUCUCGUUCCACUCUCAGGGAAGAGAAAGGAGCGGCUGUUCCAGUUCCUGUUUGAGAUGCUCCAGACGCCGUCCAUGCAGAGCUGCAUCUGGUGGGUGCAGUCCUCGGCGGGUACCUUCCAGUUCUCCUCGCAGAACAAGGAGCGGCUGGCACAGCUCUGGGGCCGGCGUAAGGGGAACCGCAAGACCAUGACCUACCAGAAGAUGGCGCGGGCGCUGAGGAACUACUCGCGCACCGGGGAGAUCCACAAGGUGAAGAGGAAGCUCACGUACCAGUUCAACGAGGGAACGCUGAAGGGCCUGCGGGGGAACUCGCACGCCGCGUAGGAGGAAGGGCGGGAAGAACUCUGGAGGAGAAGAAGAACGUGUUUUAGGGCGGGAAAUGAACCAUGAGGAAUGAGAGUAGGAGAAACAAGACAAAAAGGAGCCCACAAUUAAUUCCCGUGGUUACACUAGGAAUGGUUAUUUAUUUCUUACAACCCACGGUUUCCACUGACCUACCUUUUCAAACACAAAUAAAUACUGAGUAUUUGAAAAAAAGGAAAAAGCCAGAUGCGACUCUGAAAUCGCAGUAGAAAACAGGUCUUUCUUGGCACUGAAGGGAGCACAAAAAUCUGCUUAAAUGUUUAAAUAGAGACCUGGAAAAAUUUAAAAAUAUCAUUGAUUUAUGAGAAAUCUGCUUUGGAUAGGCUAGCCUGGCUAUGAGUCGCCUGGCUUUAAAAGUUAAGUAAAUCGAAAACGGUUGUGACAAAAAAAACAUCUACUUUAUAAGUAGAGCAAUUUAGUUAGAAAAGUGCUAUUUCUACACAUUCACAAAGGCUUCUCUUGUGAACAUGAUUCUGCAAAUAGUGACAAUAGUGUGUUCGUUUGUGUGAAAAACUUUUUUAAGAUUUAAUAAAUCUAAGAAUAAGGUGUAUAAUAUAAUGGAGUGUGUGUUAUUGUUGUUA